AUGGUUCGGCACAAGAAAGCUACUUACGCCAUGCUUACUCCCGAGCGCCGCUUCCAGUGGCAGGAGGACAUUGGUUCGAGGCACGCUGCUCGGGUCGCAGCGGGCAUGUCUCCAGACUCGCCGGGGCCGGAGGAGAUUGGGGAGGUGGAGGAAGUGGAGGGGGAUGCGUCAGAGCUCAUGCAGGGAGUUGAUCCAGUGGGGGGAGAUGCGAUGGAGGAACAGAAGGGGGGUGACGAGGAUGACAACGACGAUGAGGAAGGCGGGGACGAGGACGACGAGGAAGGCGUGGAUGAGGAUGACGAGGACAAUGAGGAGGGCGAUGACGAGGAUGACGAGGACGACAAGGAGACCGCUAUCCUGGAGUCCAUCCAAGAUGAGGCGUACGUGCAGUCCAACCGGCGCUUCCUCCGGGAAGAACAGGCGAAGACCGAUGUGCUCUUCGACGAGCUGGAUGCGGAGCAGGAGGCGGAGGCCGACGACGUCGAUGUCAGAAUGGAGAUAGUGGACAUCUCUGACGACGGGGAGUAG